UUGAUCUUAAGGAAAACAUUAUCCUUCAUCGCCACACUCUCCAUCUUCCUCACUCCAUUCAUCAUAACCCCACCCAUUAAAAGAGUCCUCCGUAACUUGACUUCGGUGUCAUAAAGACCAAUUAUUCAAAGAAGCAAACGAUAGCUAUGAAACUUUUUGGAUUCCCACAUCUUUUCAUCUCAUAUAAACCUUCGUUCACAUUCCAAUUAUACACAUUAUUCACCAUAUCUGAAAAAAGCUACAUCAAAUGGCUUUCAGAACCGUGAAAUCUUCCGGUAAAGCUCCACCGCUCAGUUCUUCAGUGACCUCACUCCGGGGUUUGGAGAGACUGAAUUGCGAUUUCUGUUAUGCAAUUUUGGGAAGCAAGUAAGGGGGCAUAUCAAUUGGGCUAGAGAUUCUGCUCAUCUUUGUACAUGGUACUGUCAUUGAAGGGUUUAUCUCCAAAUCGGGUUUCCCAAUCGCCUAAACCGUGGAACCAUAUUUAGCCUCAUCAAUUUCGUUGCAACCAAAAGAAAAGACAUCUAUCGUGUUGCUGACUAAGAGCUGACAAUCUGUUUACCUCACAGUUCAGUUCGGGUGGUGACUGACACACACAUGUUCAGGCAAGAAGAGCAAGCAAAAGUUUCGGCAAAAUCAAGCCAUUGCUUGGUCUCCUUAUGUUAACGAUCUCGCUUCUGGUGAUUGGACUCUGAUAGAUGCGUACGUUUUUCGAAUACAAAGACAACUUUCAUAGAUACUUAGAGUCAUAUAUGCAAUCUUCAACCCAAAAGUCAAAUUCUUAUUCUUUCUCACGUACGGUUGCUCCCACAACCAAAUCAUAUACUGGAUAUACCUAACCAUCUCCAAAAUUGCAACUCUAACAUGUCACGCAUACAGAGUUAUGUACGUUGCGGUCUCACCUGAUGGAAAAACGAUUGUAACCAGAGCACGAGAUGAAACCUUAAGGUUCUGGAAUGUCUUCCCGUCCAUGAAAACUCAGGUGAAACCAACCAACUUAUCUUGCAUUAACGAAAUGAUAUUUUCAGAGGAAAUUACUUGAUAUUUUAGUCUCUAUACGCAGAACGAGGCACUGUGGUUGGGUGAGAAUAGCAUGCCUCGCUGAUUAUGAGAUAUAUAUCGGUCUGAUUAAUGUGAUUUAAAACAACAGCAGGCAUUGUUUCCCCAUGUACUAGAAUGGAGAUAAUUGGUGUGUGUGUAGAGGCCAGAAACAUUACAAGUUGGAGAUUGCAUAUCUUAACAAGGUCUGGUACAGAAGGAGAUUUCAACGCUCUAGGCUUUUUGCAGGUUCCAGUUGCGUAAGACGAACGGACGGAUCAUAACUUCUGCGGAUACGAGAAAUGGUGACGCCUGAGGAAGAAGUCGCACUUAUAGAAGAUUAUGUUAGCGAUUCCGUAGACCACCAUGGAUUUCCCGCCGGAAAACUUUCCACCGGCGGAUGGAGAUCCGCCUGGUAUAUUAUUGGUGUGGAGGUAGGAGAAAGAUUUGCUUACUUUGGUAUUGCCUCCAACUUAAUUACUUACCUCACCGGACCUCUGGGGCAAUCCACGGCGACCGCCGCCGUAAACGUCAACACGUGGUCAGGAACAGCCUCGAUGCUUCCUGUCUUAGGAGCUUUCAUAGCAGACGCAUAUCUUGGUCGUUAUCACACCAUUGUUGUGGCUUCACUCAUCUACAUACUCGGACUAGGACUAUUGACCUUGUCGGCUUUCUUAAUCUUAAUAAGAAUAUCCGAGCAACGUAACGAUACCGUUAAAUCGUUUUUCUGGGUGAAUAUACUUUUCUUCUGCUCUCUGUACAUGGUGGCGAUCGGACAAGGGGGUCACAAGCCGUGUGUUCAAGCGUUUGGUGCGGACCAGUUUGACUCGGGAGAUUCAAAGGAGAGAAUAUCUAGAGGAUCAUUUUUCAACUGGUGGUUCAUGACUUUAUCUGCCGGAAUCACUUUAUCUUUUCUUGUGGUGGUUUACGUUCAAGACAAUGUUAGCUGGGCCCUUGGUUUUGGGAUCCCUUGUUUGUUCAUGGUUAUGGCUCUUGCUCUCUUCUUGCUCGGAAGAAAAACUUACAGGUACCCAAGAGGUAACCACAAGGAGAAGAAGAACGCUUUCGCGAGGAUUGGAAGAGUUUUUGUUGCGGCCUACAAGAACAGAAAACUGAACUUGUCAGAUUCAGGUUUGAGUCAAGGUCUAUUAGAGGAUGGUUCAUCACAGAAACGUAAAGGUUGGCUUGAGUUCCUAGCGAAAGCGUUGCUAUCAGGAGAAGGAGGUGCAGAGCCAUGUAGUAUAAAGGACGUGGAAGACGCAAUGGCUUUGGUAAGGCUUAUACCAAUAUGGAUCACAUCGGUCAUAAGCACGAUUCCGUACGCUCAGUACUCGACUUUCUUCACAAAGCAAGGCGUCACAGUGGACAGAAAAAUCUUGCCGGGUUUGGAAAUCCCUCCGGCAUCCUUUCAGUCGUUUAUCGGCGUUUCGAUUCUCAUCUCUGUCCCAACUUAUGAACGUGUAUUCCUCCCGUUAGCUAGAUACAUUACCAAGAAGCCUUUUGGGAUCACGAUGCUCCAGAGAAUUGGAGCUGGAAUGGUACUCUCUAGCUUCAACAUGGUGGUUGCUGCGUUGGUAGAAAUGAAACGGCUCGAGACGGCUAAGGAAUAUGGACUUGUGGAUAGACCGGACGCAACCAUCCCCAUGUCGAUAUGGUGGUUCAUUCCUCAGUAUUUGCUACUCGGGAUGAUUGAUGUGUUCUCGCUAGUGGGUACACAAGAGUUCUUCUACGACCAAGUUCCGACGGAGUUAAGGAGCAUUGGUCUUGCGCUUUCUUUGAGUGCAAUGGGUCUUUCGAGCUUCUUGAGCGGUAUGCUUAUCACUGUGAUUGAUUGGGUUACCGGAAAAGAUGGUGGAGAAAGCUGGUUCAACACUAACUUGAACCGAGCCCAUGUCGAUUACUUUUACUGGUUGCUCGCUGCUUUCACCGCCGUUGGGUUCCUAGCGUUUUUGUUCUUCUCCAGGUUGUAUGUUUAUCGCCGGGUAGAUCAAGUCUAAGAAUGAGAAAAGUGUUGUAUGGAUAUACUGAUAUACAUAUUCAUUGUUCAUAAGGUGCAAAUGAUAUAAGACCAUGUAAAGACUA